AACAUGCUGAAUACCUGUGCUUCUCUGGCCUCCCAUGGCCUCCAGACAGGAAGAGAGGCCGAAGAGGGGCCAGAUGACUCAGCUGUGUGCUCGGUCCUAGGAAGGGCAAGAGGUGGACGUGACAGAAAGAAAACAAAACAAACAAAAUGCAGAAACUGCUGUGGAAAGAGGUCAUCGUGAAAUUCAAUACCAGAAGAACAAAACAAGGUUAUGCAACGCCAGCUCAAUCCAGUUCUGACUGCAGCCUCCCUCGGAGAUGCGCUUUGCUCUCCAGUUCUUCGGAGACAGAUGCGAGACACCCCUCUGGCUGCUCCUGCUGGUGUCCCCUGCAGGAAGAAACCGUUGGAGUUCGAUGACAACAUUGACUCCGAAUGUCCAGAACUAAAACGAGUGAGAGGUGGGCCCGAACCUGGGCCACUCCCCUGCCUGCUGCCCGCCAGCCCACCCCCUGCCUCAGAUUUGUCACCUGCAGUGGCUCCUGCAACUAGGCUGGGGCCCUAUGUCCUUUUGGAACAAGAGCAAGGCAGCCACACUUACCAGGCUCUGCACUGCCCCACAGGCACAGAGUACACCUGCAAGGUGUACCCGGCCAGCGAGGCCCAAGCGGUGCUGGCACCCUACGCUCGGCUGCCGACCCACCAGCACGUGGCCCGUCCUGCAGACAUCCUGCUGGGCUCUCAGUUCCUCUACACCUUCUUCAUGAAGACCCACGGGGACUUGCAUAGCCUGGUGCGCAGCCGCCGUGGAAUCCCCGAGCCCGAGGCUGUUAAACUUUUCCGGCAGAUGGCCGCUGCGGUGGCGCACUGCCACCAACACGGGCUUGUUUUGCGUGACCUAAAGCUGCGUCGUUUUGUCUUCAGCAACUGUGAGAGGACGAAGCUGGUGCUGGAGGACCUAGAGGAUGCCUGUGUGAUAACUGGACCAGACGACUCUCUGUGGGACAAGCAUGCGUGCCCUGCCUACGUGGGACCAGAGAUCCUCAGCUCCCGGCCAUCCUACUCUGGCAAAGCAGCUGAUGUCUGGAGCCUGGGCGUGGCGCUCUUCACUAUGCUGGCUGGUCACUACCCGUUCCAGGACUCUGAGCCGGCCCUGCUCUUUGGCAAGAUCCGCAGAGGGACCUUUGCCCUGCCUGAGGGCCUAUCAGCCCCAGCCCGCUGCCUGAUCCGCUGUCUCCUUCGUAAGGAGCCUUCACAGCGACUAGUGGCCCCCAACAUCCCCCUGCAUCCCUGGUUAAGGGAAGACCACAGCCUUGUCUCCCCUCCACAGUCUGUCCGCUGGGAUACUGACCAGGUAGUCCCAGAUGGGCCAGGGCUGGAGGAGGCUGAGGAUGGGGAGGUGGGACUGUAUGGCUAGGGCCACCCUACUGGCCCUUCAGCUGCAAGCUGUGGAUUGCAUACCUGUCUCCGAGCUUUCUCCUGUCUCUUUGGACCAAGCUAAACCUUAAGUGCCUUUUAGGAGGAAGAAACAGCCACUAUGCUUCAUGUGAUCUCCCACACGCAUUAUGGAGGGUGAGGGCCCCUGGGUGCCAAGCCCUGUUCCAGGAGCUGUCAGCAGCAAAGAGCUAGGGGGAGAAAAUACCUUGCUAGCUGAGUGGCCUCAGUGCCACAUGCUCCCAGGCCAGCCUCUUGCUUUCUGCCCAGGGCACAUUUCAGGCUUGGCCUUCUCUGAGCUGGUGCUAGGCUUCGGUUCACAGGACAGCCCUCUUCAUCAGUGCCCCAGAUGCCUUGUGUCUCCGUGCCAAAGACCAAAGACCUCAACCCAUACCUCAGGCCCACCUGUCAGGCCAGGCUGGGAGUGUGCUGCCUGGAUUCGGUCUCCAGGCAGGAAGCCUGCUUGAAGACUUGGCCCAAGAGCCAAGACAAAAGCAUGAGAAUCCAACAAAGAAGCAUCCGCCUCAGGGAAUGAGGGUCUGGGUCCCUUUACCCUGGUGGCCUCUAGCUGGAGCAGCACAGUUGAGAGGAAAGGACAAGACAGGGACUGUCCUACUGCCAUACGGAAAGUCUCAGGCCCCUUGCUGGGGACUCUUAGUACUCAGGUCCAUUGUCAGUAUGCUGGCUUUUGUUCGGUUGAGUUUGUAUUUUCACUAUGUGCCUAAUAAAAGAGAACUGUUCUAUAUG